UCUGAGGACGCCGCUGAAGCGGGACGGGAUUGGAGGGUUCUGCUCCGGAAGCACUACCUAGGUGGGCCUGCUGGGGUCCCGAGUGCGACCCCGCACGUCUGCACCAUGGCGGCCAGGCUUGUGACACGAUGGGACGCUGUACGUGCAGCUGUCCAUGGCAGCCUGCUGGUGUCCUGUCGCAGGUGGUCCGGCACCUCAACAGACACUGUGUACGACGUGGUGGUGUCGGGUGGAGGCCUGGUGGGCGCUGCCAUGGCCUGUGCCUUGGGAUAUGACAUUCACUUUCAUGACAAGAAAAUCCUGUUGCUAGAAGCAGGUCCAAAGAAAGUAUUGGAGAAAUUGUCAGAAACUUACAGCAACAGGGUCAGCUCCAUUUCCCCUGGCUCUGCAACGCUUCUCAGUAGUUUUGGUGCCUGGGACCAUGUCUGCAACAUGAGAUACAGAGCCUUUCGGCGAAUGCAGGUGUGGGAUGCCUGCUCAGAGGCCCUGAUAAUGUUUGAUAAAGAUAAUUUAGAUGACAUGGGCUAUAUCGUGGAGAAUGAUGUCAUCAUGCAUGCUCUCACUAAGCAGCUGGAGGCUGUGUCUGACCGAGUGACGGUUCUCUACAGGAGCAAAGCCAUUCGCUAUACCUGGCCUUGUCCAUUUCCUAUGGCAGACUCCAGCCCUUGGGUUCAUAUUACCCUAGGUGAUGGCAGCACCUUCCAGACCAAAUUGUUGAUAGGUGCAGAUGGUCACAACUCGGGAGUACGACAGGCUGCUGGAAUCCAGAAUGUGAGCUGGAACUAUGACCAGUCAGCUGUUGUGGCUACUCUGCAUUUAUCAGAGGCCACAGAAAACAACGUAGCCUGGCAGAGAUUUCUUCCCUCUGGGCCCAUUGCUUUGCUCCCGCUCUCAGACACCUUGAGUUCCUUGGUUUGGUCCACAUCCCAUGAACAUGCAGCAGAGCUAGUUAGCAUGGAUGAGGAACAAUUUGUGGAUGCCGUUAACUCUGCCUUUUGGAGUGAUGCUGACCACACGGACUUCAUCGACACAGCUGGCGCUAUGCUGCAAUACGCUGUUGGCCUUCUGAAGCCCACUAAGGUCUCGGCUCGCCAGCUGCCCCCAAGCGUAGCAAGGGUGGAUGCCAAAAGCCGAGUUCUGUUUCCUCUUGGGUUGGGACAUGCUGCUGAGUACGUCAGGCCUCGGGUGGCACUCAUUGGGGAUGCAGCCCACAGAGUCCAUCCACUUGCAGGACAAGGCGUCAACAUGGGCUUUGGGGAUAUCUCCAGCUUGGCCCAUCACCUCAGUACGGCAGCCUUCAAUGGGAAGGACUUAGGCUCCAUGAGCCACCUCACAGGUUAUGAAACAGACCGACAGCGUCACAACACUGCUCUUCUGGCUGCUACAGACUUACUAAAAAGGCUGUAUUCCACCAGUGCUGCCCCGCUUGUGUUGCUCAGGACGUGGGGCCUACAGGCCACAAAUGCAGCGUCUCCACUCAAGGAACAGAUUAUGGCCUUCGCAAGCAAAUGAGUACUCCUCUUCUAAAGAAAGAUUAUGUUGAUGAAAAAGAACAUCCUGCCACAAGACCAUCAUACAUAUUUUCAAGAUCUAAUUUAAUAAAUUUACUUUACAUUA